AUGGAAGUGUCGCAAGAGGACGUCAAGCUCAUCUCCAAGAAAGGCAAUGCGAUUGUCAUGGGUUGUAUCGCUUUCAGUACUGGUAUCGCAUCUUUCUUGGCCGGUGUCAUCACGAUCGCUAUCCCAAUCAUGGCCAAAGACCUCAACAUACCGGAGAACCUGGUUUUGUGGCCUGUAACAGUAUAUUCUCUGGCUUGUGGUUGUACACUCCUGGCUUGCGGAUCAGUCUCAGAUGUCAUUGGAAGCAGACGAAUGUUCUUGUCAGGCUGCUUCCUCCAAUGCUUCAUGACAAUCGCUUGUGGUCUGUCGAAGAACACCGCCCAGAUAAUCGCCUUCCGCUCCUUUUCUGGUAUUGCAGCCUCUUUUUGCUUGCCCUCGGCUGUCAGUCUCAUCAACGAGGUGUUUCCGCCCGGCAAGGAGAGAAACAUCACUUUCGCCAUGAUGGGCGGAGCUCAACCGUUCGGCUUUGGUAUCGGUAUGGUUCUUGGAGGUGUCUUUACCGGAACGAUCGGCUGGCAGUGGGGCUUCCAUGUCGCCGCCAUCAUCAACUUCUUCAUGUUCAUCCUGGCUGCAUGGCAGUUGCCCCCCACUCCGGUUGCCCACAAGCAACGAAUCUGGUCUCGCCUGGCUACCGACAUCGAUUGGCUGGGUCUCAUACUUGCCAGCGGCUUCCUUGCUAUGCUCUCAUACGUCAUCUCAGCAUUAACUGGCGACUUGACUGUCAUGAAGAAGCCCAUCAACAUUGUUUUACUGGUCCUGUCUUUCGUUUUCCUCCUGGCUUUCGUACUGUGGGUCGGCCGUCAAGAGCGCCUCGGACGUCCAGCUCUGAUCCCAAACUCGCUCUGGCAGCACAAAGGCUUCUCGUGUAUCUGCUUCAACGUCUUCUGUGUCUGGGCAGCCUUCAACGCUUUCGAGCAAUACGCCAACUUCUUCUUCCAGGAUGUACAAGGAAACAGCCCUCUCGGCACUGCUCUUCGCUUCUUGCCCGCUCCCGUCUCAGGCGCUCUCGCUAAUGUUGGGGUUGGUUUGCUUGUUCACCGCAUUCGUGGCGAUUGGAUUGUAGUGCUUACGAGCAUUGUAUCCGCCCUCGCUUCGCUGUUGAUGGCGAUCAUUGACCCGAGCUGGUCAUACUGGCGCUGCGCUUUCGUUGCUCAGUUCUUCAAUCCUGUUGGCGCUGAUGGCAUGUUCACGGUCGCCAAUCUCCUCAUCACUUCCAUGUUCCCGCCCGGCGAGCAAGGUGUCGCUGGCGGUGUGUUCAACACCAUCUCGCAGACUGGAAAGAGUGUUGGUAUGGCUUUGACAUUGCUGAUUGCUCAACAAGUUACCGCCAACUCGUCGUAUGCCGACAAGACGUCUCCUGAGGCCUUGAUGGUCGGCUACCGAGCUGCUUUCUGGUUCUGUGUUGCUCUGAUCGUUGCGUCUCUUCUUGUCAGCGUCUGGGGUCUGAGAAGGAUCGGAAAGGUCGGUCUUAAGAAGGAUUGA